AUGGAUACACCAAAGCGCUCCUAUUGGCAUACGGCUCCUCGGAGUGCCCUCCGCAACGUCUCGAAUGGGCGGUCAGCCUACAUUCGUGUCUCGUCCUCUUUCGAUCGGCAUAAGACGCCUACAAAGGAGUCUCAAGGUGUUCUGAGCGCCUCUGCGAAGAGGACCAAUCUGCGUAUUCGCCGUGAUAUUUCCAAGUCACAUGGAGACCUCUCGAAUCUAAGACCCAAAUCGCCACCGAUUGAGAAUCUGCCUGCCGGAUUGCAUGGGCUUCACCUUUCUCCGGGCAACUAUGUCGAUGACACACAGAAUUCCUUCUCACCAAGCUACAAUCGUCAAGCUCGUCAAGCAAUACCUCAUGAUUGGAUGACCAGUGCAUCUGGUAGUCAACCCUCAACUACAAUGGGAGGGGCUGCCUCCGCUGACCGGCAAAUCUACCACAGCCCACAGUAUGGUGCUCAUGACUCUAAUUGCACAGAAGCAGAGCCAGCGACGAUCUCCAUACAAGGCCUUACUUCAGGGUAUAUCCAACCUCUAGACUUUUGCGUACCUGUUACCCGGUCCCACCCUGGUGAUGAGGAUCAACGUCGUGAGGCACUGCACGGUGAUUCUGGCCGGAAUCUUGCGGUUGAGCAUAUCAACAUCUCCACAGCUUGGAAUGGCUUAUCCGAUGUGGAUGCCAACGAGCUCUUUCGUGUCCACCGGGCCUUUGUCUCAACGCUUCAGAAGAUGCUUGCCAACGAGUUGUGGCAGAUUUACCAGCAGCUUCAGCAGCAGGACUCUGCAGGGAAUGUCAGGCCCAUCCACACCUUGUUUUCUGCUGGUAUAGUUCGCGGAAUCAGCUUCUGUCGUGAUCAAUUGGUCAGUGAAAUGGCAGAGGCAUUGUACUCGUCCGAGGAGAAUACGUCAAAAGCGAAGUCAGGAUUUCUCCGAUUAUACCUUAUCGCAACUGAUGCUUUGGUACAAUACCAUGAGGAUGGCUCCCGCGACACGUCCAUUACAGUUCGCGUGUGCUGUCAUCCAUUUUCUCUAGGAUCUUAUCCUAUCGUGGAUGCUGCAUGGGUCCCUGACUCUCUACUAUUUGAGGGUCUCGACGAAUUCCCACUUGAGGGUCAAACUUUCUCUAUCGUCCCAAGGUAUUACAGCAAAUCCGCAUUCCGGCCCACUCAUUUUCCCAAAAACGUCAAAUAUUCCAUCGAGUCUGAAUCGCGGCAUUCUCCUCUCUCUUGGCUUGUCUGGGAUGAUGAGAUUGUAGGCUUCAAAGGAAUCGUGCCAUUCUACUCCGAGGUCAAUGGCUACGAUCGACAUAUUACAAAUACCCGUCGAGAUCCUCGCGAGAGCAUUUCUAAUUCGCUGAAGAUCAUCGUUCAGGCCAUGCUUGUUGACGAUAAUGGCUCCUCUGUACGUUAUGAGCGGAUCCUGCGCGCACGCCUCACAAUCAAGGUAGCUCCAUGGUACGCGAAUGUCAACUCCCGUGAGAUCAAGGAACAACCGAGCGUACCCAAAGCGUAUCAAGAUACGAGACUUGCAUCUGCAGCUCAGCGUUUCGCCCUCCAAGGCCCUAGAAGAAAUUCCGUAGAGCCUGGGCAGUCUCCAAGCAGACAACCUCAGCGGAGUAAAGGAGCUUAUCUAUAUACGCCAAACAAUCGUAUUACUAUAGACCGGGUGGGAUCCGAAGACAAUCAUUCGGUGAUGAGCUCCUCGGCUAAUGGGGCUGGAUUGAAGGAGACUGACUUGCCUGGCCUGGCUCAAACCCAAGCAUACCUCGUGGCCAAGUGCGCCAAAUUGACAAGAGAACUCGAAAAUGUCAAGGAGGAAGUCAUGAUGUCUGGUCCUUUUAGCGACCACCAUAACGGGACGCUACAUGUACCAAUUCCAGAGGAAUAUCUUAACGAUACUUACCGUGUUCCUUCUUCUCAUCAUACCGGACACAAUGGACCUACUAGUGGAUCCUCAGUCCCAUGCAUUUCACGCUAUGCCUCGGAGCAUCUGGCCACUCCUUCAUCUCCCUCCCUGCAUGGGAAAGACGCUACCUUCCAGCUUGGACCCAUUACAAGGUUCUCAGUCCUGCCACCCUCAGCGAUCAGUCUAGUAACGCGUCCAACGCUGGAUUCACAGACUUCUAAUGACAGAAAUGCUUUAGACGCAACACGCACUGGCUGUGAUCCAACUCUGGGGCCCAGCACCAAUUCUCAGUUUGCGGCUCCAGAAGAAGGUCUAAUGACUCAAAUAUCGCACUCGAACCAAGAACCUGAUUACCUCUGGCAUUUGCCUGAACAAGCAUCAAUCUCUUUGAACGACAUAGGCACGGCUCACUCAUUCCCUCGACCUGUUGAAGCUCUUUCAACCCCUCCGAUGGUCAAGGGUGAGCUAGCGACUCCUUCCACUUCCGGGAAGCGUGGCCGCAAACGGCAUGCUAAAUCAAGCCUCGGCCAGAUAUCGGCUUUUAAGUGUCUCAAAGAGACCGCUAAGCAACCCAAGCAGGAGAUUUCUGCAGAGCCUGGCAGAAACACGCUUCCACUCUUGGAUUCCAAGGACGAAGAAAACCGGACUCGUUCCAGUAAUGUCUUCUACAACUCCUUCGGCCCAUUGAGUGAUGUCAGAAGCUCUACUUUACUCGUUGGCGAAGACGCUCUAGCUUUACAUGGUUGCGAGACAGAGGCGUCCACCAACUCCAGCAAGAACAUCAAGCAUCGCAAUGAGGACUCGGGUUGCUACAUGGACACUGAAAUCACGGGCAGCGAUGAAUUGGCUAACAAGACGUCCCCUGUAACCUCCGGUCUUGACGACGGUGCAACAGCAGCGGAAGACGUUCCUUCGAACUCGUUCUUCCCAGACCGGGAGAGACAAGUCGGUCUACGCCAAAGUUCUUCGGCAUCCUUUUCUCCUCAGCACGCCAGUACUAGCUCGACUAGUGGUUCUCGCUCUACCUCGAGCGAUGUCGAAUUCAUCGUAGAGAAAGAUCCACGUGCCCCUAAAGUGAGCCGUCGAGAGCAAGCCAAACUCUGGAAAUUGCUUUCUCAGUCGGACAGCGACAAGGAAAAUCAACCUGUACCUGAGUAUAAAGAAGUAAGAUUGAGCGAGGAUGAGAAGAAGGCAUUGGAUGAGGCUAUUCGAAGGAGCCUCGACGACCUAGCUGAGGGGUUUGAUGAUAUCUUCCUAGAAGACAGUAGCGGCUCGAACUCGGGCGAUGAACUGUGA